AAAAAUUAUUAGCCGAGUCGCCUCGCUUUCGUUUCACGACGUGAAGGGGCGAAUUUUCGAGGGAGAUUAGGAACCCUAGCGAAGGUCCGAUCGGAGGUAAGAUGCCGAAGAAGAUGGGAGUCAACAGCAAGGCCGAAGCGGCCAGGGCGCGGAAAGGUGCGGCGGAGAGCGAGCGGAAGGAUCGCAACGCUCGGCAGAAGGAGGAACAGUACUGGCGGGAGGCCGAGGGUCCGAAAUCGAAAGCAGCCAAGAAGCGGGAGGAGGAAGCUGAGAAGAAGGCUGAGGCCGUCUCUAAGAAGGCGGAGGCGAGGAGGCUGGCGGAGAUGGAGGAGAAGGAGUUGGAGAAGGCCUUGAAGAAACCCGACAAGAAGGCGAAUCGCGUCUCGGUGCCGAUUCCUAAGAUGACGGAGGUGGAGCUGCGGCAGAGACGGGAGGAGGAGCAAGCUGAGCUGGCUAAGAAGGCGGAGGAGGCGAAGAAACGCCAAGCUCGUAUGGCGGCGGAGGAGGAGUACGAGAAGAUGGUGCUGGUGACGAAUACGAACCGCGAUGAUUCGAUCAUCGAGGCCCAUGGCGUUGAUGAGGCGCUUGCCCGGAUGGCAGUUUCAGAUACUCUGCCGGUUGAUCGGCAUCCGGAGCGAAGGCUCAAGGCCUCGUUUAAGGCCUUUGAAGAAACUGAGCUCCCAAAGCUGAAGGAGGAGAAACCAGGACUUACCCACACUCAGUACAAGGACAUGAUAUGGAAGAUGUGGAAGAAAUCACCAGACAAUCCUCUUAACCAGGUUGCUGAGUGAGUACGAGGUGUGUAACUCUAAUGUUGAAAGCAGCAGAUGGUUUCAGAAGGGAUGCCAUUGGCAGAGCGUUUAAAACUGUCUGUUUCAGUAAAACUAGAUUUGCUGCAUCUGCCCUUUUCUUAUGUAACCGCGCAUGGAGUUUUGCUCUUUGGGCAAUGUACAUGAUAUAUAUAUAUAUAGAAUCUUCAUUGAGGAUACUCUGUUGUAUGACAUGAUGUCUCUGUUCUAUUGUCCUUUGUUAUUUCCUCCU